CACAGAUCCGGCACUUGCCUGUACAGAAGAAUCUGACAGAGGAGGAAGGUGAUCCGUUGAUUCACCUGGAGGCUCUUAGGACAGAAAGGGAGGAUGAAGACAGAGCCGGACUCAGUUGUUCCUGAAUCAAGAGAAGGCCUUGAUGCCACUGAGGCUGGAGAACUGUGGAAAGAAAUCAUGAAGAAGAGCCUGGGAGACACCAAUGUCCUCCUUCCAGAUGAGCAGUGCCGGAAAUUCAGGCAGUUCCACUACCUGGAGAUCGAGGGGCCCCGAGAGGCUUGCAGCCGACUCCACCGUCUUUGCCACCAGUGGCUGAAGCCAGAAAGGCACAGCAAGAAGGAGAUGCUGGACCUGGUGAUCCUGGAGCAGUUCUUGGCCAUCCUGCCUGCAGAGAUGGGGAACUGGGUCAGGGAAUGUGGGGCGGAGUCCAGUUCCCAGGCGGUGGCCCUGGCAGAAGGUUUCCUCCUUAGCCAGGCAGAGGACAAGAAUCAAGACCAGCAGGUGCAGCAAAAGAUCACACUGGAGGGUUACCACAGAGCAGCUUUUCCAGGUGGUGCCGUACAUUUUUUACAAUCUAUUUGGGGGAGAGAGAAAGCAGCUUCUGUGCCGCCUGAUUGGGGUCUGGUGACCUUUGAAGAUGUGUCUGUUCAUUUCUCUGAGGAGGAGUGGGCUCUGCUGGAUCCAGACCAAAAAAGGCUUCACAAGGAAGUCAUGGAGGACAAUUGUCAGAAUGUGGCCUCUCUGGAGGCUGAUGAUCCCCAGAACAAGUUGGAGGGAGAAGUGCAACACCUUCUAUUUAACAAAAAAGAUCAGAAAAGAAACACUGGAACAGAAUGGAAGAGGGGGAAUGAAUGCUCUGCUUCUCAGGGUGCUGAAUCCCAGGUGUUUGAUACACAUGGCAUAAUUAAUACAAAGAAGAAAUCUGAUAAAUGCUUGGAGCGUAAAAAGAGGUUAGGUAGAAAGGGAGAUGUUCCUGACCAUCAGCAACUCCACAUUGAGAAGAAGAAACCAUACAAAUGUUUGCAGUGUGUAAAGAGCUUUACUCAGAGUUCACACCUUAUUGCCCAUCAGUGUAUCCACAUGAAGGAGACACUAUACACAUGUUUGCAGUGUGGAAAAAGGUUUGCUUACAGUUCACACUUAACUAGACAUCAACGAAUUCACACUGGAGAGAAGCCAUAUAAAUGUCUGGAAUGUGGAAAGAGAUUUGCACAGAGUUCACAGCUUUCCAGACAUCAACGUACCCACAGUGGGGAGAAACCAUAUAAAUGCUUGCAGUGCACAAAGAGCUAUCGUUGGAGUUCGCUGCUUAUUAUCCAUCAACGUAUGCACAAUGGGGAGAAACCAUAUCAGUGCAUGCAUUGUGGAAAGAGGUUUACUCAGCAUUCACACCUUAUUGUGCAUCAACGUAUCCACACUGGUGAGAAACCAUACAAAUGUUUGCAGUGUGGAAAGCAGUUUGCUGACAAUUCACAGCAUACUAGACAUCAACGAAUCCAUACUGGGGAGAAACCGUAUAAAUGCUUGGAGUGCGGAAGGCAUUUUGCUAUGCGUUCACACCUUAAUAACCACCAAAGCAUCCAUACUGAGGAGAAACCACAUAAAUGCUUCGAGUGUGGAAAGAGGUUUGCACAGAGUUCUCAGCUUUCCAGACAUCAGCGUAUCCACAGUGGGGACAAACCAUAUAAAUGCUUGGAGUGUGGAAAGAAUUUUGCUGAGUCUGCGCACCUUGCUAGACAUCAACUUAUCCACACUGGGGAGAAACCAUACAAAUGCUUACAGUGCGCAAAGAGCUUUCCUCAGCGCUCACAUCUUAUUAUCCAUCAACGUAUCCACACUGGGGAGAAACCACAUAAAUGCUUGGAGUGUGGAAAGAGCUUUUCUCAGAUUUCAGCACUAAUGGCCCAUCAACCAAUCCACACUGGAGAGAAACCAUAUAAAUGCUUUGAUUGUGAAAAGCGCUUUGUUCAGAAGUCAGCACUCCGGGCCCAUCAGCAUACCCACACUCGUCAGAAGCCAUAUAAAUGCUUGGAAUGUGGGAAGAGCUUUGCUUGGAGAACAAAAUUUAUACACCAUCAACGUAGUCACACAGGAGAGAAGCCAUAUAAAUGCUUGCAAUGCGAAAAGUGCUUUGCUUGGAGUGCAGCUCUUAAGACGCAUCAGCGUAUCCACACUGGGGAGAAACCAUAUAAAUGCUUAGAUUGUGAACAGACCUUUUCUCAGCCUUCACAUCUUACUGCCCAUCAGCGUAUUCAUAGCAGGGAGAUACUAUACAAAUGUUUGCUGUGUGGAAAGAACUUUGCUAAGAGUUCAGCACUUCAGGUCCAUCAGAGUAUCCACAGUGGGGAGAAUCCAUUUAAAUGCUUAGAGUGUGGGAAAAGCCUUUCUUCGGGAGCAAAGUUUCGUGACCAUCAUCGUAUCCACACUGGGGAGAAACCAUAUAAUUGUUCAGAUUGUGGAAAGAGCUUUCCUCGAAGUACUGAUCUUAAAAUCCAUCAGCGUAUCCAUACUGGAGAGAAACCAUACAAAUGCUUGCAGUGUGGAAAGGACUUUAAUCGAAGGGAUAACCUAGCUGCUCAUCAACGAAUCCACACUGGAGAGAAACCAUAUAAAUGCUUGGAGUGUGGAAAGACUUUUGCUCGGAAGGACAACCUAUCUGCUCAUCAGCGAAUCCACAGUGGGGAGAAACCAUAUAAAUGUUUGCAGUGUGGAAAGAUCUUCUCUCGGAAGUACAGCCUAACUAAUCAUCAAAGCAUCCACACUGGAGAGAAACCACAUAAAUGCUCAGCUUGUGAAAGGAGCUUUACUCAGAAAUCACGCCUUACUGCUCAUCUACAAAUCCACACUGGGGAGAAAUGAUAGAAAUGCUUGCAGUGUCAAAAGAACUUUCCCCAGAGUUCCCAGUUUACUAGUCAUAAACUUUUCCGUCAUAAACUUUUCCGCCAUGGAAAGAAACCACAUUAAUGCUUUGAGCAUGGAAAGAACUUUGCUCAAAGCCAAAGCUUAGGACUCAUCAAUGUUUCCAC